AUGCCAUCCGCCACAACCACCACCAUCACUGCGGCAACAGCCUCAGCGACCUGCGGCGGCCCAGGGCAAUACGAACUCCCAGCCAAAGACGCCGCCUGCGGUGUCCCAAAUAUCAAAAACUAUCAAUCUCUCUUCGACACCUGUGCGAAGCCUGCCGGUCCCCGACCAUACUACCACGAUUGCGCUCUGUGGAGUCUGGCCGUAAACCAGUCCGUCCAGGAUCUUACCGACUGUCUCUACAAGGCUGGGGUAGCCUGGGAAGACGUAUGGUGCUCUGGUGCAACCAAUGCUACCGCAACGUCGACGUCAUAUCCCACUGCGACAGCUACGGGCGCAUCAUCCUCGAAAGGCGACGAGGGGACAACUGGAUCUCCCAGGUCCUCGGCGGCAACUGAGACCAAAUCAAGCGCGAAUACGGCGUUGUCCUAUCGCAGCCAGAUCCCGACUAAGGUUGCGUUGGGGUUAUUGGGGCUUGUUAUAACCGGAGCAAUGGGUUGGGUCUAG